AUGCUAGCAGGCAAAGAAGAAAAACCACCUCGACUUACACGAGUAAUCUCACCUUCAACCUUAGUCAAAUCGCGGUAAUCUUGAGAGCGAAUAAUUGCCAGAUUAUUUAAGAAGCACCUUCUCUGAAGCUUUCAAAAUGCAAGAGCCCCCAAAACUAUAAAAAGGAAAGAAAAUCUUACCUCAAUAUGCUUUUGGUAAUUCUCUCGAAUCACCUUCUUUUUUCCGUAAUUCUAACACUUUGAUUUGCAGAGAAAGUUAUGAUAAUCCAUUCUUAAAACUAAAAGCUAAACCUCAAAGUAAAUGGGAAACCUUACGUAGCAGUACUCUCAAUAAUUUUGAAUUUUACAAUGUUUCUGAAUAAAAAUUUGCAAAUCUUCCAAAUAAAGGAUAUAAAAAUGUCAAAAUAGUUAAGUACUAUCUUUAUUAAUCAUUAUAGUAAUGUAACUAAUCAAGUACAUUAUGUUUAGACUCCUUAGAUUAAAGGUGAAGAAACUACAUUUCAUCUUGCCUAUCGAACUCUUUAAAAAACAGGCUUUUUUGGUAGAAAGAAUGGUAAAUAUCAUAUCUUAAUUCCUGAUUAGAAUUAUUCACAAAUUUUAUUGAAAAGAAUGAUAAUCAAAAUGUUUAUGGACAUCUCAAUGAUAGAUAAAGACCUAAAGGUCGUUUGAGAGAUGUUAAAAAUUUCAGUUUUACUCCUUAAGAAUUUUAAAUUCAUAAAAAAAGAUCUAGUCAAUAUCUCAACUCUAAUCUUAACAAAGGUUUGUAAAAAUCAGAUAUGACAGUUGUAAACUAAAAUUAAUUUAAAAAAGAUUAAUAAGUUGAAAAGUACUACUCCAGAGAUUAAAGGUAUUAUCUUCACUAACUUUAGUUAUCUCAAUUCACUUAAUAAUUCCAUUAUUAUAACUCAAAUAGAUAAGUAAUUAAAAGGAAAAAAAAAUGAUAAAUAUAAGUAUUUUAUUUUCUAUAUCCAUAAGUGCUGAUUUUAAAUUAUUGGAUUAUAGAGAAAAUGAAAUAGCUUUGAUUGACAAAUUUGUAGAGCAAUUGGAAUUUGAAAAAUUAUAUGGAAAUUGA